CUACGUCCAAACAAACAGUGGGCUUUGCAAACAUGCUCUCUGAGCUUUAGCUUCUGUCUGCAGGUUACCGUCAAAUAUUAAACUUUAUUUUAGUUUUUAUCAGCAUUAAAAUGUUGGUCAGACUCUGAAUUUAGAUCCUCGGUUUGCUCCUCCAAAGUUCUGCAGAAGAACCACGUUCAGCAGUUUUUCCCAGAAGGAGAUCUUUUUUCCAGGAGCUGAUCUGAGGGUCAAUAAAUCUGAUGGCGCAGCAGAGAUGGUUGCCAGACGCCCACAGAGAAUAAAGGUUAGUGUCCUUACUCAAAUGUUUAGAAAAGUGAGUGAUCAGUGAGACGCUGCACUCUUUUCUCUCCGUCCUGGAUCUCUCCUGACCUGCUGCCAUCAUGAACCUGAAGAUCCUCUUCUUCUGCCUCCUCCUCGCAGCGCUCCUCAUCCCGGCCGACGUACGUACUGAAAACAUCUCUGCUACUUCAAGUCAGACGACACAUUCUGCACAAAGUCAAAGGUUUGUUCUUCCUGCUGUUGAAUUUUCUCACAGAUGAGACGGAAAAAAGAGAGAAAAAAGUUCCGUCAUCGUCACGACAACCAUGACCACGAACACCACGACCACGACCAUCACGGACCGGGACAUCAUAAACACGGCAAAAGGAAGAACACUUUCAAAGACAUCAUCGAAGGUUCGUGUUUCUCUGUUCGUGUCGGCGUUCAGAGUGUGUUAUAGCUGUAAAGAUCUACAGUUACACGGAAAUAUGAGCCGCUCUGAUACUCGCCAAGAAUAUUCUUUAUUUUUUAUUUCUGGAUCUUCACGUCUUGGAGAGAUUCUCAGUCUUCAGUCCUAAAAACUGUUUCAUCGAACAUUAAAAAAUAAAUCUCUUUUUUUAGAUUUCUUCUUUGCGAUCACUGACGGAGGUGAUGAUGAUGAUGAUGAAGACCAAAGUAACUCAGACUGGCUUUAUGAGCUACAGGAGCCUGAAGGUGAAAAUCGUUUUAUUUUAUUCACUCAGACCUUUUUUUUUUCAUGUUUUCACUCUAAAGCUUCUCGAACCCUAACCCUCCAGGUCAGUGUGAUCCAAACCCGUGCCUCAAUAACGGAGAGUGUGAACCAAAAGGAAGAAGGAGGUUCAAAUGUGACUGUCCGAAACCCUUCAAAGGAAGGAGGUGUCAAAGAGGUGAGCAGAAUUUCAUGUAAACAACGACAACAUGUGCCGUCUGAAGUGGACUAAAAAAAAACACUCUUCAACCGUCAGCUCCAAAAAUCUGUCGGAGGGGGAAGUGUGGGCGUGGAGAGUGCGUGCUGACCUCCACCCAUCCCUUCUAUGAGUGUAAAUGCAAGGCGCCGUUCCAGCCGCCCGACUGCAGAACCUGUGAGGACGAUUUCUCAUGUCUCUCUUUCUCAUGUCUCUCUUUCAUGUCUUUUUCAUGUCUCUCAUUCUCAUGUCUCUUUCUCAUGUCUCUCUUUCUCAUGUCUCUCUCUCAUGUCUCUUUCUCGUGUCUCUUUCUCGUGUCUCUUUCUCAUGUCUCAUUCUCAUGUCUCAUUCUCAUGUCUCUCAUUCUCAUGUCUCAUUCUCAUGUCUCUCAUCCUCAUGUCUCUUUCUCAUGUCUCUCAUUCUCAUGUCUCAUUCUCAUGUCUUUCAUUCUCAUGUCUCUUUCUCAUGUCUCAUUCUCAUGUCUCUCAUUCUCAUGUCUCUCUUUCUCAUGUCUCAUUCUCAUGUCUCUUUCUCGUGUCUCUUUCUCGUCUCUUUCUCAUGUCUCAUUCUCAUGUCUCUCAUUCUCAUGUCUCUUUCUCAUGUCUCAUUCUCAUGUCUCUCAUUCUCAUGUCUCUUUCUCAUGUCUCUCUCUCAUGUCUCUUUCUCAUGUCUCAUUCUCAUGCCUCUUUCUCAUGUCUCAUUCUCACGUCUCUCUUUCUCAUGUCUAUUCUCAUGUCUCUCAUUCUCAUGUCUCUCUUUCUCAUGUCUCAUUCUCAUGUCUUUCUUUCUCAUGUCUCAUUCUCAUGUCUCUCAUUCUCAUGUCUCUUUCUCAUGUCUCUCUCUCGUGUCUCUUUCUCAUGUCUCUUUCUCAUGUCUCAUUCUCAUGUCUCUCAUUCUCAUGUCUCAUUCUCAUGUCUCAUUCUCAUGUCUCUCAUUCUCAUGUCUCUUUCUCAUGUCUCUCUCUCGUGUCUCAUUCUCACGUCUCAUUCUCAUGUCUUAUUCUCAUGUCUCUCAUUCUCAUGUCUCUCUCUCGUGUCUCAUUCUCAUGUCUCUUUCUCAUGUCUCAUUCUCAUGUCUCUCAUUCUCAUGUCUCUUUCUCAUGUCUCUCUCUCGUGUCUCUUUCUCAUGUCUCUUUCUCAUGUCUCAUUCUCAUGUCUCUCAUUCUCAUGUCUCAUUCUCAUGUCUCAUUCUCAUGUCUCUCAUUCUCAUGUCUCAUGAUCAGAUUUGAUUUCUAGACUUCCUGUCAGGAAAUACUGAGUUUACUCUCUGUCUUCAAAGAUUCUCUCUGUGACCCUAAUCCGUGUAAAAACGGAGGAACAUGCGUCAUAGACGAAAAUGAUUUUACCUGCCAGUGUCCUCCCGGUUACAGUGGACUCUUCUGCCACGUUGGUAAGAUCUACAAUUUCUUUGUUUUUCACUAAAAAGACGAGAAUUACAACAAAAAGAGCACUUUAUCAUGAACUAAGAAAAAAAGGAGAAUUAAAAAGGAAGAGCAGAGUCGAGUCCAACCCUUCUGUAAUAAUAAUAAUAAUAAUUAUAAUAAUAAUAACAACAAAUAUUACAAUAAUAAUAAUAAUAAUAAUAAUAAUAAUUUUUAUUAGUAGUAUUAGUAUUAUAAGUAUUAUAAUUAUAAUAACAAAUAUAAUAAUAAUAAUAAUAAAAAUAAUAAUAAUUAUUAUUAUUACUAUAACAAAUAUAAUAAUAAUAAUUCUUAGUUUUAUUAUUAUAAUUAUUAUAAUUAUAAUAAUAAUAAAUAAUAAUAAUAAUAAUAAUAAUAGCAAAUAUAAUAAUAACAAUAAUAAUUAUUAUUAUAUUUAUAAUAAUAAAAAUAACUAUAAUAAUACCAAUAUUAAUAAAAAAAUUAAAAAGUAAGGAAUAACAAUAAUAAUAACAAUGACAAUAUUUAUAAUAAUAAUUAAAACAAUCUUAAUUGUAAUAAUAAUAAAAAUAUAAUAAAAAAAUAUUAAUAAUAAUAAUUUAAAUAAUAAUAAUAACAAUAUUAAGAUAAAUAAUAAAAAUAACAAUUAUAAUAAUUAUGAUAAUAAUUGUAAUAAUAAUAACAAUAAUAAUAGUAAUAAUAAUUAUAAUAAUAAUAAUAAUAAUAAUAGUUAUAAUAGUAAAUAAUAAUAAUAAUAAUUAUAAUAAUAAUAAUAAUUAUUAUUAUUAUUAUUAUUAUAAAAAUAAUCAUAAUUACAAUAAUAAGAUUAAUAAUAAUGAACUUAAUAAUUAUCAAAUAAUUACGUAAUAAGUGUCAUUAUAAUAAUAAUAAUAACAAUAAUAUCAUUACUACAACAACUACUAAUAUUAAAAUAAUAAUAUGAAUUCGAAUAAUAAGAAUAUAAAGAUAAAAAUAUAUAUACUGCUACUACUACUAAUGAUAAUAAUAACAUAAUAAUAGUAGUAGUUGUAGUAGUUGUAGUAGUAGAAGUGGUAGUAGUCGUUGCAGUACUAGUAGUAGUAGUUAUCCACAACAAUAUAUAUCAAUUCCACUCUCCUAUUGACAUUGUUGACAAAACAAUAUACUUCCAUAAACUUGUUAUUUAGAUAUUUGACUUAAAUUAAAUAAAUCAAAUGAAAACUAUAUUUUGUACGAAACGUUGUUUUAUGCUAUUUGUAAUAAACAUGAUGUUACUGUAAUUUUAAUCAUUUUAAUUCAUUUUCCAGCCUGAAUUAUUUAUUCUACUCUGAUUUAUUAUACUCUAAUAUUGUCGACUGACUGUAACGGAUAUUCAGACUUUAUUUUUCUACUUAGAAAAGAGACAAAAACAACAGAAAUCUCCUGAUUUUAAAGAGUCCUGUUUAAUGACAGAGGCCUGAAUCUUUAACUCUGGAUGUGUUCGGUGUAUUUGAGGUCCUGGGGAUUGUUUUAUUGACGAUGGAGAGUCUUAUCGAGGGAACGUGAGCGAGACGGACGACGGAGACGAAUGUUUGCAAUGGAACUCUCACUUUAUCCUGGCGAGAGGAGUCGACCCGUUCGACACCUUUGAGGACAAAGACGGACUCGGCCCUCACAACUUCUGCAGGUACGAAGAAAACCGAGAAGAAAACCGAACCUGGAAAAAAAACGAAAACUAAAGCCGACGUUUUCUUUGACUCAGAAACCCGGACGGAGAGAGGAUGCCCUGGUGUUUCUUCAGGAGAGGGCGCCACCUGCUGUGGGAUUACUGCGACAUCGCUGAGUGUCCUGAACCCACAGGUGGGUCUGAAACCUCCACACACACACACACACACACACACACACACACACACACACACACACACACACACACACACACCUGUCUGUUUAAAAGAUGAACUGUAUUGAUCAGAACUGUAUCAAUUAUAAAUCAGAGAUAUCGGAUCAGAAACGAAGUCAAUGUUCGUUUUCAGGUGAAGCUCCGACUGAAGAACCAUCUCCAUCACAUGACCCACCCUCUCCAGAACCAGAACCCACAAAACCUGAACCCACAAAACCAGAACCCACAAAACCUGAACCCACAAAACCAGAACCCACAAAACCAGAACCCACAAAACCUGAACCCACAAAACCAGAACCCACAAAACCUGAACCCACACAAGCUGUCGAACCAACAAGACCUGAACCCAUGACCACCCAGGCUCCGCCCCCUCCUGAACCAACAGUGUCUCUCGCCCCCGCCGCCCCCUCACCGCCACCGCAGCAGUUCUCCACCUGUGGGAAACCUCAGCCAAAGAAGCCCAUCACCAAGAUCUUUGGGGGUCUGAAGGUGCCUCCAGGUGCGAUCCCCUGGCAGGUCUCUUUACAGGUGAGACCCCAGAACACCAACCACCAGUUCAGACACAUCUGUGGAGGCGUCCUCAUCGAGAGCUGCUGGGUUCUGACGGCGGGACACUGCAUGUGAGUAUUUAGAUAAAACACACCUGUUACAGCUUCUGACUUUAGAGCGACCCGUCCUCUCACAGGUGUACCUGAUUUCAUCUUAAUCUUAAUCCAGAGGAGAAUGAACCUCUGUGUAGUUUUUAGGAGUGUUCGGAUAUUUGGAGACGAGGUUCAUUAAAGUGACGAGAGCGUCUUCAGGAUCACAAGAGUUCAUGUCAGUAAACUGGGAGGCUGAAUUAAUACAGAGGUCAGAGUAUUUCACUCCUCAGACAGGUUUUCUGUAGUAGAAGUAGAAGUAGAAGUCGUUUAUUCAGUCAACACAAAAUAUUCUACACAAUAUUAACAUUUCACACUAAACCAGAAUCAUGUUGAAUAUUGACUGAAAAGACAGAAACAGACUGAUUAUAAAAGUCUUUCUGUGUUUUAAACUUUUUAAUCUACCGACCUCCAGAAGAGCAAAGAAACAGCAACAACGGAGAAUUAAUCGACUUAUAAACUUCAAAAACAGUUUUACAAACUAUUAAAAACCAACAAAGACUGACCUGUUUUUAGAUUUAUGUCGGCAUCAUGACAGAGUUUAACUCCAGGAACAGAGACACGUCUCCUUUUUUAGUUUUUUGUUCAGUAAAUUAACAAACACCUCUGAGAUUAUACCGACCGUCCUGAACUGAAAACAACCUCUGUAUUCAGUCAGGGAGCAUCUCUGAUUUUAUCAUAAAACAGAUCAUAAAAUUUCACAACAUGAGAAUCUAUAUUUCAUAACAUGUGAUCAUAUUAAUCAGUCUUAUUGAUCAUAGGUAGAGCUGGUUUUUGCAGUUUGAUUAUUGAUUAUAGUGGUUUUAAAGGUGGAUCCCCACAGUUCCACACAGUCAGAUAUAGAAGGACUAAUCAAUGAGAAGGUGAUCAAACACAAAGCUUUGGAAAUCAAUAUUUUUCUUGAUUUGAACAGGAUUGAAGUGAUUUUGAAAUUUUCCCUUUAAUGUCUUCAGUGUGUCGAUUCCAUGUUAACGUUCGAUCAACUUUAGUCUCAGAAACUCUUUCAACAUUACAGACUCUUCAUUUAACGUUACAGUCACAGUUAGGGUCUCCUCACAGGGGUCGCUUCACGGCUGUCAGUGUUUCUAAAUAAAGAUCGGUUUAGUUUGUUCUUUUAGAUGAUUAAAGACUCGUCACCUGAAAUUUCCAGACCAGCUCCAGGUCCUAAACCUGGUGGAGAAAGAACUGAGUUCAUCAGCAGAAAUUAGAGUUUAUCAGGAGACCCUGCCGGGGUUUUCAGGGUCCCCACAGGGUCCACCUGCAGUUCCCUCUUCAAUCCUAACUUUGUCCUCUCACUUUGCUUUACUGCUCCUUUUCUCUCCUCUGCAGUUCCGGCAUGUUUUUAUCGUAAAAAGCUCUUUUUUUAAAUUUAUUAAAUGUUUGAUUUAUUAAACUUUUGCAGUGAGGAUUUAACUUGAACUGUUUUUGGGGAUAGGAGACCUCACACAGAAGAGUUUGUGCGUCCCUCAGCAUCAGAAAGAGAGUCGAGCUCAAGAAAACCUCACAUUCUUACUAUAGAAUAUAAAUAAUAUGUAAUAUAUAAUAUAUAUGUAAAUAUAUAUAUAAUAGAGCUUUGAUUGACCAGGAUGAAAGUGGACAGAAGGGUGUAGAUUUUCCUGCUGUCCUUUCUCCACUUUGUUUGUUUUUCCUAUAAGAAAGUUGUCCUGAGGACAUCUGGAGGUUCUGUGAGCGAUUAUUGUGGAUUUUUCACCAUAGAUGGUAAAAUAAAAGAUCAUGUUUGACUUUCCAAUGAGAAGAUUGCAGCUCACCUGUGAGGCAGGUGGUUCAGGCUGUGAAUGUAUUUUAAUAUUUCAUGUCUGUUAAAAUCAGUCGAAGCUAAACAUCUGAAUAUUUCUGAAACAAGUUUGUACGCUCGCUCUCCACCAUCACUUCAGGUUUACAGAGUGUCUUAUAAACAAAGGUUAUAAUUAUAAUUAUAAUAAUAAUAAUAGUCUUAUUUUUGACCAGAGAGCAGAGGAAGGACAUGCAGGUGGUGAUGGGGAGUCUGUCUCUGGAUACCGUGGAACCGGACGAGCAGAUCAUAAAUGUGGAGCAGGCCAUCGUCCACGAGAACUACCGAGAAACGCCAUCAGCUGUUUACAACGACAUCGGUGAUAUAUGUCUCACAUUUCUUUCUCUUAUUGAAAAGUUCUGAGGUAAGAGUUUUUAUCUGGUAAAAAUAUUAAAAUAAGAAUUAGUCUCCAUGACAACGAUGAAACUGUAAUUAUUGACCCUUUAAGUGGAAGUGGAGAGGCUGUGAAGAUUAAUGCGAAGAUUUAAAAUGAGUUAAAAUAAGAAACGUCGAGGGUUUCAUGGUUUUGUAACUUCUUUUGUACUUUUCUCCAAAGCUUUGUUGAGGCUGAGCGGUGCCAACGGCGUUUGUGCGAAUGAGACGCAAUUUGUGAAGACGGCGUGUCUGCCUGACGCCCCGCUGCCUGAUGGGAUGGAGUGUACCAUCUCUGGAUGGGGGGCCACAGAGAUAUGUAAGAACACACUUAUUUAGCUAAUAACUCAAAGCUGUGUGGUUAUUGUUGUUAAAAUGUCUGAAAUAUCUCAUGCAGCUGAACUCGGUUCCAACCACCUCCUGGAAGCCAACGUUCUGCUGAUCAACCAGGAGAAAUGCUCCGAACCGCGUGUCUACGGAAAAUCCCUGGAUAACAGCAUGUUCUGUGCCGGUCACCUGCAGGGCGGGGUGGACUCCUGCCAGGUGAGUGGAGAGACCCGCCCAUGAGUGCAGAGGUUGUUUUAAAAACGAGUCUGUCUGUGAAGUCGGAGUAACGUUCGUUAAAGUUCGUUAAAGUUGGUGUUUGACUGUCUGGUCGUCUGUGUUUCUGCACAGACAGUUUUUAACCGACUAACCCUGUUUUUGUUUCAGGGCGACUCUGGAGGGCCGCUCACCUGUGAACAGAACGGCUCUCAUGUUGUUUAUGGUCUGGUCAGCUGGGGGGAUCAGUGUGGGAGGAAGAACAAACCUGGGGUCUACACUCGGGUCAGCAGCUUCACAGACUGGAUCAGGUCAAAGACUCAGGCGACACCUGCAUAAGCAGACCCUCAGAAACAUGUGCAGUUAUAUCAGGACGUUUGACCUCAAGGUACUAAAACAAGAUAACAGCCACCUGAGAGUGUUUCAUUAAAAGACGAGUUUGAGGAGUUUACGUGUC